CAUAAUUUAAUCAUCGAAACCACGCAAUCUGAUAAAAUGCAAGUAUAGAGUGCCGCUUAAAAUGUAAAUAAGUAUAUGAGCACAUCGUAAAAGAGUUUUGAGCAGCGUAGAUCUCGUUCAAGCACAGCUUUCACCCGCGAAUAUGACGUAUUGGCAUUUUACAUUGAGUUACCUCGCGAUUUGCAGCUUCGCUAUUGCCACUGAUACGAAAAUCAACGACACUGUUUUCAUUCCUACCAAGGAAUGGCAGAUUGUGCCAAAAGGAACUCCCAUCCCUCCUGGCCUACACAUCCGGCAUAAUUUACAAUCUGGAGUAGUAGAAGCAAAAUUGCUGGAUGAAAAUGAAAAGGAUGCAAGUUCAAAAAACAUACAUAGAGAUGGUAAAAAAAACUCUUUGACAUUGCACCCAGAAAAGUCAGUAAGGGAUGAAGACGUGCAAGAAGCAACAAAGGAUGCACAAAGUGAGAAAACAAAAGUACCUUUAGACGAAUUAAAGGCCAUGUUGAAGAAAAUAAAAUCAGAUGAGGCAGAUGAGCUAAUACAAACUGCGAAUGAACAAGUUCAUUCAGCUGUACAAAAAGAGUACAGAAGUUAUUCAGAAUUGAAAGAACAGCUAGAGAGUUUAAGUAUGAACAUCUCCACUGAUGCUGAAGUACUUACAAGUUUAUUUGAACAAUUUCAGCCUUACAAAGAAACUAUUACAUCAGAAAAUCUUGAGACAGAAAAAAUCGAUGAUAUACUGGGUAUCCUAAAUGAUAUGGAGUACCUUCUACAUCAAAUUGAUAAUGCACGAUUGUUUGCAGAUAUGGGAGGGAUGAUGAAGGUAGUUUCUCCGUCUUUAAACAGUACGAAUACUGACAUAAAGGCUGAAGCUUUAAGAUUACUGGGUACUGCAGUCCAGUCAAAUCCAAAAGUUCAGUUAAAGGCACUAGAAAAUGAUUUUGUUCAGAAAAUAUUGUACAUGCUUACGAUAAAUAAUAGCAAGGCUACAAUAAAAUCUAGAUGUUUAUUUGCUCUUGGAGCUCUGAUACGUCAAUUCCCUGCCGCACAGAAGAGUUUUGUUAACAACGGAGGCUUUGAGAUAUUUGGGGAAAUUUUAAUGGACGGAAAUUCUCAAGUACAAAUCAGAGUAAUGAAUUUAGUAAAUGAUUUGGCCAUUGAAAGAAAAGAAAAACUGCAUGCAAUUCGAGAUGAGCAGCAAAGGAUACACAGAACAAACGACUAUGACUUAAUUGAUUUUGAGAACAAUAUUGUCAAGCAAAAAUACUGCGAAAAUUUAGUAGAUCUAGCACUAAGGAGUUUACGAGUGAAAUCUGGAAUUGAUGAUUUUCACAAAGUUAUAUAUGAUAGUAUGUUAACUUUAAGCGAACUUUGUAAAGAAGAGCUUGCUCUUAAAAAAAAGGAUCUUUUGACUGAAAUUCAAAAGAUGCUUGUUCUAUAUCACGAUUUCCCUGUCAAAGGCGAAGAUGGUACAAAUUUAAGUUAUCACAACCAGGAAAUGCUGCAAAAGGUGCAAAAAGUCUUACUUGGUGAAGAAUUACACGAUGAAUUGUAGCAGCCAUUAAGCAAUCCACGGUGUUUAUAAUAUUCAUUGUACAUAUGCCAUUGACCGACACAGAAGAGUUUUUACGAUCAUUUUUGUUGAAAUUGCAUUUAUAAAGUGUUAGUUUCCUAGUCUGCUGGACUGACUGAAAGCAAAUAAUAUUUAUUACCUGUUUUGAUAUGUGGCUUUAAAGUGAAAUCUUUUAGAUCUUUUUUCCACGUUUUUUAAAUAGUUGAUGGAGGAUUAUCUUUUUUGAGGUGAAAUUUAUUUUAUUUAUUUAAUUUCUUUUUACCCAUAAUGCGAUUAAACAUGCAAUGCCUGUUUCUUUUCAACAUUAAAAGUUUUCAUAAGGUUUGCUUUAACAAUGGCGAGUUGAUUAGUGACUUGUACGUUUAAAAUCAAAAUUAUUACUCAAUAAGACUGCUUAAAUUAUUGGACAUAAUUUUAUAAAAAUAAAUCUUUGUACAAAUUGAUACUAGUAAACAGUUAAACAAAUCUUUUUGUAAACAUUCAUUGUGAAGAAAAAGGAAAGUGAUUUUUCAA